UUUAAUUUAGCACCUGGUGCAGUCCAUAAAUUUCCUUGGCAAAACAUAUCAAAAUUAUGACGAUUGUAUUUAUUUUAAAUUUUUUUUUUAUCGAGUGGACCUGGCGAAUCCAGAAGUUAUUAAAUAAUUUUAAAACGAAUUUAUUCUAUAAGUUUCGCUUGGGGUCCACGUCACCUCCAUCUCAAUCAGUUAAUUGUUGAGAUGGAAUCAUCAGUCACCGGCUAAUCGCACACACAGCAUCUUUUAUGUGCGUUGAGGCCUAACCUUUUUCUGCCCCCCACCUGAUGCCGCUCUUCCUCCCUCCGCCUCCUCUCUUCUGCAACGGCCGCUGGUUCUCCUUCCGGACCGUACUCUCGCUCGCAUUCUCCCCUCCUCGUCGGCUGCGUCUCUCCCCCAUGUCGUCGGCUGCCGAUGACGGCGCGGCCGCUGGCGCCAAGAAGGGGCGACUACGAGGCCUUGUGUUCGACAUGGACGGGACCCUUACGGUGCCCGCGAUCGACUUCGGGGCCAUGUAUCGUGCCGUCUUGGGGGAGGAGGGGUACGCCGCCUGGCGCUCCUCCAGCGCCAGCGGCGGUGGCGUCGACAUCCUCCACCACAUUGAAUCGUGGCCGACGGCGGAGAAGCUGCGAGCGUACGAAACGAUAGCUCACUUCGAGCGACAGGGCCUCGACCGUCUUCAGAUUAUGCCUGGUGCUUUGGAACUUUGCAAGUACCUGGAUUCGAGGGAGAUAAGGAGAGGUUUGAUAACUCGGAAUGUCAAGGCUUCUGUUGAUAUAUUUCAUCAGCGGUUUGGAAUGGAGUUUGUCCCCGCACUGAGUAGGGAAUUUCGCCCUUACAAGCCAGACCCAGCUCCUUUGUUGCAUAUCUGUUCAAUUUGGGAUAUUCCUCCAAGUGAAGUCAUGAUGAUUGGUGACAGCCUCCGGGAUGAUGUGGCCUGCGGGAAGAGAGCAGGAGCUUUCACAUGCUUGCUGGACGAAACCGGGAGGUACGACUCUCUUGAUUCCUAUGCUGAUGAUCUAAAGCCAGAUUUCAAGGUGUCUUCACUUUCUCAAGUUUUAUUGUUGCUGGAAAAUCAUUUUGAACUGGUGCCGCGACUUCAAACAGCCUAGAUGUCUUAAAUCUAUGUAAAGUUUGUUUUUUUAAAGAUGAGACGACUGUCAUCGAUGUUAUCUUGCUACAGUCAAUUGUUGAUUGGUAAUGUCUAGCAAGAUUAUGCGACUGGUUCUGAUGGUUGGGAUUCUAUCAUACAAGGACAAUUUGGGUUCCAACAUGUAAUCUUUUUUAAGUCCCAAGUGGUUCCAUAGAAUAAAUUUUCUGAAUGGAACCUGUGAACUACGGAUCUGUCAUUAUAAAAUUUAAUAUAUGUGACCUUUUAAUCUC